AUGUGCGAGCGGGCGGCGCGCCUGUGCAGGGCCGGCGCGCACAGGCUGCUCCGGGAGCCGCCGCCGCAGGGCCGGGCGCUGGGCGGGCUGCUGCGCUGGGUGGGCGCCAGGAUGGGCGAGCCCCGGGCGCCGCUGGCCCCCGACGCCCCCGACACCCCCGACACCCCAGCCGCGGACCCCGGCCCCUACCCGGGCCCCGCCUCGCCGCGCGGGGGCACCGCCGUCAUCCUGGACAUUUUCCGCCGUGCGGACAAAAAUGAUGACGGGAAGUUGUCCUUGGAGGAGUUCCAGCUCUUCUUUGCAGAUGGCGUCCUCAAUGAGAGAGAACUGGAGGAUCUCUUCCACACCAUCGACUCCGACAACACCAACCAUGUGGACACCAAGGAGCUGUGUGACUACUUUGUGGACCACAUGGGGGACUAUGAGGACGUCCUGGCUUCCCUGGAGACCUUGAACCACUCAGUGCUGAAGGCCAUGGGCUACACCAAGAAGGUGUACGAGGGCGGGAGCCACGUGGACCAGUUUGUGACGCGCUUCCUCCUGAAGGAGACGGCCAACCAGAUCCAGUCCCUGCUGAGCUCAGUCGAGAGCGCGGUGGAGGCCAUCGAAGAGCAGACCAGCCAGAUCCGACAGAACCACAGCCGGCCCAGCCACGGUGCGGUGGAGACCUGGUCCGGGAGCCCCACUCCCCCCUGCGCCCCGAACCACAAGCUCAUGGCUGCGGAGCAAGGAAAGCACUUCCCGCCUGGCACCUCGGACCCCAAGGAGGACGGCCUGGAUGCUCAGAUCAGCAGGCUGGCGGGGCUUAUUGGACGGCUGGAGAACAAGACCCUUUGGUUUGACCUUCAGCAGCAUCUCUCGGAUGAAGAGGGCACCAACAUGCACCUGCAGCUGGUCCGGCAGGAGAUGGCCGUGUGCCCGGAGCAGCUGGGCGGCUUCCUGGACUCUCUGCGCCAGUACGUGCGGGGCACCGCCGGGGCCAGGAACUGCUUCCACAUCGCCGCCGUGAGGUUGGCGGACGGCGUCACCUUCGUGGUCUAUGAGUUCUGGGAGACGGAGGAGGAGUGGAAGAGGCACCUGCAGAGCCCUGUGUGCAAGGCGUUCCGGCACGUCAAGGUGGACACGCUGAGCCAGCCUGAGGCCUUCUCCCGGAUCUCCGUGCCAGCUGCUUGGUGCACCCUGGGCCGUGACUGACUGACUCCCCGAGGCCCCACAGAUGAGUCUGCCGCCCUGCUCCCUCUGACGAAGGAUGUCCACUCUUUCCUAGAAACUUGGGUAUACUAGCUGUCUUUUCAGUAUACUUCCAAAUAAGAGUGUCUCUUCCCGCUCUUCAAAGUGAAGGCGCACCCCUCCCCUGGCACCCCCCUGCCCCACCCUUGGCGGCAGAGCAGCGUCUGAGCUGCCGGGGCCCUGCUGACACUGGAGGGCGGUGGUGACGGAGGCGGCCCCCUGCCAGCAGACGGCCACGCAUGACCAGUCCCCGUCCGCCUCCCCCUCCCUGGUCGCCACUCCUCCACGCGGUAGGGGGCCGAGACCCUGUAGUUCCCCCCUAGGCCGGGGCUGAGCCCGCAGGCGGCGGUAGACCCCACGUAGCAGUGCCCUGCUGGGCCAGCAGCCACCGGGACGAGCACCAAAUAAACUCCCAUUGUGGA